CUGGUACUUGACCAGUUUUUGUUAUUUUGGGAGUUCUUGGUGGAGGCGUCAGUAAUAAUAUUUGUACAAUAUGAACAAUCGUAAUAACGCGAAGCGUAUCCUUACAGUCUAUUUCCGAGCCUUUAAAAUGCAAAAAUAAUAAGAUACGCAUCACGCUUCAUUGCCUUUGGUACCUAUUUAACAAUGUCUCCUAAACCAGUUUUCUCAUAUCAUUUUCGUUAAGAGUUUGGGUAAUUUAUAGUAGUUUUUCCCGUGGUUAGGUUUUCUCGUUCGAUUAAAAUCUAAGUUAAAAUGGUGCGAGCGUGGUAUUUCAAUGACGAUGGCAGCGACCGGCGUUCAAAACAUCGGAAGGACCCACCCGAGUAUGUGUCUGUGGAGGAAUUGUUUACGAACGUUGGGGUUGAAUGUUACAGGAUAGAUGUUAGCACAUACGACAAUGAUUGUAUCCUCGCCGAAAUAAAGAAAAAGAGAGGCUACAAAUAUGAAGACCAACUAAUAUGCACUAAGGAAAAUUUUAACAACAUUAAAUCCUAUUACAAGGAGCAUAAACAUGCUGAAGAAGAAAUGAGACUAGUGUACGCUGGUAGCGGGUACUUCGACGUGAGGGACCAGCAGGAGCGAUGGAUCCGUAUCUUCGUGACUGCAGGAGACAUGGUAGUCAUACCCAGCGGCUGCUACCAUCGCUUCACGCACGAUUACAAUGAAUACAUCCACCUGAAACGGUUCUUCCUGAACGACCCAGUGUGGAAGGCGACCCUGAGGUCUGCAGGCGAGGGCGACUCCCGACCGACCCACGCUACCCCGGUCCAACAAGAGCUCUUGCAGGCAGCUAAUUAGACAACUAUUUAACA